AAUUCAAAAUUUCUGCGACAGUAUAGUCGUUAUACUCGCGACGUUAAUGGGGAAUUUCGAAUUGUGAGUUUGGAAUAACAGCGAGAAUUGGAAUUUUAGAGGAAUUACCCGCGAAAAAAGGAAUUUCAAAAUCACUAUAAUGGCAUCCGUGGCAAGCAGUAACGUAAGCGACCUGGUAACGAGAACAGAGAAACUGUCAAUCAAAUGCAUCGCGUCCAAUACUAAGAUCCUAAAAACCAGAAUCACCAAACUGGAAAAAAUGUACGAAACAAUGAAACAACAGCAGGACGACAUCCAGUAUUUGCUUGACGCUGUUCUCAAAUGGGAUGAAGACUUCAAAAGGGUCGUUCGCUUUAGCCAAGGCGUCCCACAUAUGAGAGGGACAAAGGACACGUGUUCCAAGAUCAAAACCAUCAUGAUUCCGAAUGGAGAGUUUGAUCGCACUAUCAAGAUCCUCGAAAAGGAAAAUGUAUCUGGAUUCGCACGAGUUGUUCUUCUUUUCGCUGAUUUCAAGUCUCUACUCGACGAGAAGUCACCGACAGCAAAAUUCUCGGAGACCGUUCGGCAGACGCUCGGAGAGAUUAUCGGAACAUUAUACACUAUAUUGAACUUGUUUUAUGAUCAAUAGAAAUCAUUAUACAAAUAAAAUUAAGACCCUAAUUUAUUCUAAUUUAUUUAGUCGUAUGCCAUUGCCCGCCUAAGGGCGUGCAUAACUUGCUAGGUGGAAAUAAAAAUAAAAAUAUCAAAUUUUACCAGUUUUACCGUU